AAGAAGACUCCUCCCUGUCAUGCUCUCUCCGCGGAGUGUCCUCGUUGUUUGUUGUGUGAGAGGAGGAGAAGCAUCCAGCCUGCAGAUUAAGCAUUUGGGGUAUUUAUAAAUAAUUUCCUCAGUUAAUUAUGUGAUGUUGCUUUAGAGCAGGUAGCUAUAACCUUAUUAUUCAGUUAGCGUGGUCCAUCGUUUCUGGCAGAGACUCACUCAGAUCUAGGAGAGGGUUAGUGAAUUAAAUGUCAAACUAGCCAGCCAGCUAGCAUUCAGUACAUGCUAGUUAGCUAACAACACAUUGCCAGCUACAGCUAGCUAGCUAACGUUAGAUCAAUAGCUUACGGGAAAAGCCACUUCUGUGGGCAACUGUUAACGUUAUCCACUUUCUACAAAUCGUGGGGAUAUUUUGUCCCAAUCAUGAGCGAAGAGGAGAGUUCCACAACAGCGGGUAACAACAACAAGGACUCGAGCAUUUCGCUGCUAUUAACCAAGGACGGACAGACGUACUACGUUGACAAGAGCGGUGUUGUCGACAGCAGAAAUGUAGUCACGCCGCAAGAAUCGGACAAUAACAUGUUCUCGUACGACAUGGAUGAUGCCGACGAGGAGAGCGAUGUUUUGGACACCUCGGACCCCCGUGACAGCGCUGCGAGCCCCGAAGAACUCAACGACGAAGAAGGGUUCGGGGAGAGCGAAAACGUGUCGAAGACGUGCACGUACGACGGUUGUACGGAGACCACGACCCAGGUAGCCAAGCAGCGGAAGCCGUGGAUGUGUAAGAAGCACCGAAACAAGAUGUACAAAGACAAGUACAAGAAGAAGAAGAGCGAUCAGGCUAUGUCCAGCGGGAAACAAGAUGAGAGCUUGGAGGAGAGGCCUGUGUCUGUGAACAAGCAGCGUCUCGGCACCAUGGGGGACCGACCGGCCAGACCCUCCCUCAUCGAACAGGUGCUCAACCAGAAGAGACUGUCUCUGCUGAGGAGUCCUGAGGUCAUCAGGUUUCUACAGCAGCAGCAGCGUCUCCUGACCACCCAAAGUCACAGCCAAUCGCAGCCUGACUUCCAGGGCUGCUAAAUGCAACAGGGGAGGGGCAAGCCACUCUGUCCACCUCCAGACAUGGGAUCUAGAAUGUCCUGGAGUUAUGCUAACUCAUUCUGGAACUAUUCCCUGAUCUAUUCCAUCUUUCACAGGUGACAGGAGAAGGACACAGUGGUUAGGGCCUGGCUAACUCAUGGGGGUUUCAACCUCUAUCCCUAACCUUGCCCUAACCUUAACACAACCCUAACAUUACCCUAACUACCUUAUGGCCCGUUCACUUUAUAUAUAUAUAUAUACGCAAGCUGUCAAGUGCACCGCUCGGACUGGCGCAGGACUAAGUCAAUUAAGUUUAAUUGAGUGCGCUGACCCCAAAGUGUUGCGGUGCACAGCACCUCCCCUCGGCGGCGCCGUUCUUACGGGGUUCCUUUCUGCUUUCUUACGCAACGAAUCAAGUGGGUCUUCACCCACGACCCUAAAGAACCGAAAUCCUAAUGUACUGUACUGACCAUCAGGUGUGGUGAUGCAGCAUGGCCAUCUAGUGACGCCCAGCGAAGGAUAUUCAGGCUUGUUUACCAGGGUGCUGAAGAUUCAAGCACUGGUAGAAUAUUCCAGAGUAAUGGGCUCCUAUCAACCACAACUGUGCUUCCAAUCAAUCCAUUCGUCAAUCAAUCUGUUAAAUAGAAUUCACGAAGCUGUUAAAGCAAACGGCAUGCUUUACAUUUCACUACAUCAGCUACAAAGGGAACUCAUUGUUUUAAUGUUUUAUUUUUGUAUUGUCUGCUUUGUUAAACUGAUGUUUUGGACUAAUUUGAUUUUAUUUUUGAAGUAGUAAACAGAUAGAAGUGAAGAAGAAUAUCAGUUUAGAUCAAACUUGUGUUAAUAAUUAGGUAGCGUUGUGUGGUUGUUGUUAGAUGGCAAAUGUAUCAUGUCUGAAUUUUUUUCUGUGAUUACGUGUGACAAUGACAAUCGUGCUUCAUUGCGUGUGUGUGUUUUGGGGGCCAUAGCGUGGUGUUUUGAAGGUAGGGACAGUGGGCAGGGUGCUAAAGAGCUACUGUGUGGCUGUCUGCUGGGUUUUUAAUCAGGGUUGGGGUCAAUCCCAGUCAAUUCAGAAAGUAAACCUAAUUCCAAAUUUUCCUAAUUAAAUGUUCAGUUUACUUCCUAAAUUGAAAUGGGAUUGACCACAACCCUGGUAUAAUCUAUUUGUUGUGAUGUGUAAUCUGUAGCUCUGGGUAGAACCUGCCCCCUAACCACGGAUCCAGGAUCAGAUUACCCUAUGAACCAAUCCUUAACCAUUAAGUCCUAUUUAUACCAGGGUUGGGGUCAAUUCCAUUUUAAAGUCAAUUCACAAAGUACAGUGUAAUUCCAAUUCUCUUCAAUGCUUUUCAAGGAGGAAAAGUUUGGAAUUGGAAUUUGGUUUACUUUCUGAAUUGAUUGGAAUUUAAAUGGAAUUGACCCCCAAACCUGAUUAAUACCCUAUGCAAUUAGCUACGCAAAAUGGUUAUCCUGCAUAGUUGCGAAGUGACAAAUUGCAGGCCUAGACACGUUUGCGUAUUUUUGUUUGCGCAAGUAUGCAGAGCGGCCAUUUUGCAUGGCUAAUUGCGUUCUUGCAUAGGGUAUAAAUUAGGAUGGAAUGACAUCUGACCUUGAAUCAGUGGUUACAGGGGCAACUUCAACCUUACUAGUCAUCUACUAUCCCCUGGUAACAUCUGACCUUGGAUCAGUGGUUAUAGGGGCAACUUCAACCUGGUAUCUGUCUACUAUCCCCUGUAAACAUUGAAUUACAAUAAUGAUGAACGUGAUGGUACUCCUCUCCUCAGGCUGUGCCUGUAAUGUCCAUUAAACACUGUGUUUGACCAUG